CGCGAUUUCAAACUGUUAACACCGAAUCAACAAGACUAGCAGAGAUAUACACAGCUUUUUAACAGGCAUGCCACCUGACGAUAAAAAGUCUCCACUUUAAAAUAAAAGGCAUGCUGAUACAAUACCGAGAUUAUCAUUUUUGAAAAACAUAUCGUUAAGCUAUGGCUGCUCCAGGACAAGAAGAAGAAGAACACAAUUGUACAGACAACUCGCACAAGCCACUCAAAACCCCAAGUGAAGGGGAAAAGAAAUCCCCGAUUAAAAGUAAAGACAAUAAAAAUACCAAACAGAAUAAAGAAAAUGUGACAAGAGUGGUUGUAGUGGCUUUAACUCCCGAAAGAAGACGCGAGACGUGGAAUAAAAAAGUGGAAUUUUUGCUUGCGGUUGUUGGCUUCGCUGUCGAUCUAGGAAACGUUUGGAGAUUUCCUUACAUUUGUUAUCAAAAUGGAGGAGGUGCUUUUUUGAUCCCGUAUACGAUUAUGUUGAUUUUCGGAGGACUUCCUUUAUUUUAUAUGGAAUUAGCCCUAGGACAAUUCCACAGGAGCGGUUGUCUUACCAUUUGGAAAAGGAUUUGCCCGGCUUUGAAAGGAGUUGGUUAUGCGAUUUGUCUGAUAGACAUCUACAUGGGAAUGUACUACAACACUAUCAUAGGUUGGGCUUUAUACUAUCUCAUCGCUUCUUUCCAAUCAGAAUUACCUUGGACAUCGUGCCGAAAUGAGUGGAACACGCCAUUCUGCAAACCAGUUACAGAACUUUUUCCGAACGUUUCCGCUUCAAGUCCAGCCAGAGAGUUUUUCGAGAGAGAAGUACUGGAGCAAUAUAAAUCUGACGGCCUCAACAGAAUGGGUCCUAUCAAACCAGCUCUGGCCUUGUGUGUUUUUGCUGUAUUCAUUUUAGUUUAUUUUUCUUUGUGGAAAGGAGUCAGGAGCACAGGAAAGGCUGUAUGGAUAACUGCUCUAGCUCCUUACGUGGUUCUAAUUAUUCUGUUAGCUCGGGGCGUAUCACUACCUGGUGCAGCUGAAGGAAUACGAUACUAUCUCACUCCGGAAUGGGGCAAAUUAUAUAAUUCCAAGGUAUGGAUAGAUGCCGCUUCUCAAAUAUUCUUUUCUUUGGGUCCAGGUUUCGGAACUUUGUUGGCCUUAUCCAGCUAUAACAAAUUCAACAACAACUGUUACAGGGAUGCGAUUUUAACCAGCAGUAUCAAUUGUUUGACUAGUUUCCUGGCGGGAUUUGUCAUUUUCUCCGUUUUGGGUUAUAUGGCCCAUGUCCAACAUAAAAGUAUUGAGCAAGUUGGAUUGGAAGGACCUGGUUUGGUGUUUAUAGUAUAUCCCGAAGCAAUAGCGACAAUGAGUGGCUCAGUAUUUUGGUCAAUCAUAUUUUUCCUGAUGUUGAUUACAUUAGGUCUGGACAGUACUUUUGGAGGAUUGGAAGCUAUGAUAACGGCGUUGUGCGACGAGUACCCCAAAGUACUAGGAAGACAUCGAGAAACAUUCGUUGCAGUAUUACUUUUUUGUAUAUACAUUUGUGCCUUGCCGACAACUACUUAUGGAGGAGUAUAUCUAGUCAACAUGUUAAAUGUUUAUGGACCGGGCUUAGCCAUAUUGUUCGUUGUAUUCGUGGAGGCGGCAGGUGUUUGUUGGAUAUAUGGUACGGAUAAUUUUGCCAGGGACAUCGAAAAAAUGAUUGGACACAAACCAGGAAUAUUCUGGAGGAUAUGCUGGAAAUACAUAAGUCCUGUAUUUAUAUUGAUUAUUUUCAUCUUUUCUUUGUUAAGUCACGAAGAGAUGUUGGGAACUGAAUAUCACUACCCAGAUUGGAGUUUGCAAGUCGGUUAUGUUUUGACAGCGUCAUCCAUCGUUUGUAUUCCUUCUUAUAUAUUAUACAAGUUCGCUAUUACUCCAGGAAAUCUCUUACAGAGAUGGAAAAUGAUUUGGCAGGCUGAACAUUCAUCUGAGAAUAGUACGUUGACGUAUUGUGGAGGUACAGAGGUGUGACCUGACGAAAUAUCAAAUUCAUAUACAAUCGAAUGGUACAUUUAUACCAACUGCUAAUGAGAAAAUCAUAGACAAAUAAUACGCGAAGAGGAAAUUUGUAAACAGCUACCUAACCUUACCUAACCUAACUUCUGAUCAAGUUAUGAUUGAAAAAUACAAAAAACUAUCGCGAGAAUUACUAAUUGGGCGACAUCUGUUGAUUUUUUUAAAAAACUUCAAUAAAGUUGAACAACAAAUCCAGUAUACGAAUUAAUUUUGUUGUUUUAUAAACAAUAGAAAGUGUUAUUUUAAAAAGAAAAAUAAUAUACCUGUUUGAAGUGCUUUUCUGAGUUAAAAACAACCACACACACGUGAAAAAAUACAUUUCCUAUCUUUAACUAUAUCGUUCAGAUUAAUUAUUAUCUCAUUAAGCUGGAAAGUUAGACCUGACUUCUGUAGACGCAAACUUUUAAUGUUUAAACCGCUUUAAAAACCGUUUCACCUUCUUUCAGUGGUCUGCUUUUGACUCCAAUAUAUUCCAUGAUGUUAAAAAGGAGUUACUUCAAUUUUCUUCAUUUCUAAACCGAUUCUUAAACACAACUUUUUGUUCUAACCACAUAAAUACGUUUAGGGAAUAACUGAAAUUAAAAAAAUAAAAUAAAUCCUACCAAAAAUAACUAAAAACUCAUAAAAAAAAUGAACAGCAUCCAACACCUUUACAGAUUGUGUGGAAGCCAAAUUCAGCGCCAAUUAUACAGAAGCAUAUGCAGCCACAAUAAGUUGUGACAAGGCUAAUAACAUUAAAGACCGAACGCUAAUAGAAAAAGAAGAGUAUGUAGGGUUAGAGGAUAGAACAGUUUUUUACAUCAAAUGAAUAAUUUUCAAAAGACAAAAGCUUUUAUAAAUAAAAUGUUUAUUAUAUUAUGUGAAAUGAUAGUUAUUCUCAUAAGAAGGGAGGAAAAUUAGGCGUUUUCUUCCGUGGAUAGUAGGGGUAAAACGUAUUUUGCUAUUGAAGUAUGCAUAAGCUUUUUCUACUAUAUUUCAACAUGAAAUUUGUGAAACUUAUGCAGCUUUUAAUGGGAUAAUCAAGCAGAUCAUGAGACCUGCAACGAAUUUUCUUACUCGAAUCAAAAAUACGAUGUUUUUAAGACAAGGUUUAGAGGUGUCAAGAAAUUUUCCUUCCUCCUUCCUCCUUCCUCCUACCUCCUUCCUCCUUCAUAAAAUUAUAUUCUUCCCCGGGGGAAAAUGGUAAUUUUCCAUGCUGACCUAAUAGGCGAAAAUUAGUUUGUCUAAUGUAAGGUAGUAGGAAAUAAUGAAUUUAAGAAAGCAUCUAUUGAUUGGGUACAAUAAUGACAGUUAAACUAUUUUCUUAAGUAACAAUUAGACAUGUAUAAAUCUAAUAGAGUCAGUAGAGAAAAGAGGCAACCACCACGAAUUAAAGAAAUCGUUAAUUAAUUUCAAAUUAAUAAAAUAAUAAAACUGAAAUCAUUUAAUUUAACCUAACUUAACCUCGAUGUCAACAUGUCCAAUUGAUUGUCGUCCGCCACAACCCCGUUUACUUGUGUUUGGAAAAAUUACAUAUUACGACUUCAAUAUGAUUUCAUUUAGGACUAUUUAAACCAAUUAUCUCAAUGUUCUGAUAACGAAAAAAACAUUUUAUGAAUUAAAAUAGAAUUAUUGAAAAUAAUCGAUACAUCAUUCGUUAUAUCGAUAACAAAUGCCGAAAUAUGAGCACUAAACAAUCGAUUAGAUUUCGAGUCCUAAUUAUAUAUGCAGCUUCUAUUUGAAAGGAGAAAUUCUACAAAACACAGAGUCACAGCAGUGAAAGUAAACGUAUCGGGAAGGAAAUUGCAAAUUGGACUGAACAAAAAAAAUUGAGCACGUUGAAUGAUAAAUUUGAGUGUGCAAAUAAAUAAUAUAUCAAUAGAAAAUAUUAAAAAUUAGAAUAGUGUUAAUUGAUUAAAACAAAAUUCUAUACACCCUGACUUAAAAGUUUAAAAUCACGUUUUCUUGAGUAAGGUAAUAGAAAGUAUUACGUAAUUAACAAAUAGAUAUGAAUAAAUCUAAUAAAGUCAGCAGAAGGAAAAUGAGAUCUACCACAAAUAGAAGAAAUCUAAGAGAUUAAAACCAUAAAAAAUAUUUGACAAAUACUGAGAGAAAAUUGAAACUCCUAGACAACAUUGAAGAAUUAUUCUUAUGUAUAAAGGCGAUACGAAUGAAGCAAUCCAGAAGGUGCUCGACACGUUUUUUAUCUGGACAGACACUGCUCGCGUCGUGACCAACACGGCCAGGUGGGUAAACAUCCUAGAUGCGUUUAAAGACCCCUUCGGGAUCCCAGACUAUUUGACUCAAGAGAAGGAUUAUCAGACAAAUAGACAAAUAAUAUACGAGACCACGGAAGGAAAUUUUACAAGACAAAUCACUCGAGCAUCAAUACUGGAACCGGAUCUAUAUCAGUGUUUCCCAAAGUGGUCCAGGAGUACCCCCAGGUGUACACCGUGGACCCGAAAUCAUCUUCGUAUUGUUUGAAUUUUGAUUGACAGAAAUGUAACAGCUGAGGAUCUUCUGGAAUAUCUUUCAAAGGAAAAAAGUUAGGGAACUUAUAGUCUAUAUGAUAGUCUGCUUAGAUUGGAGUUGUCUCUUAUCCAGCUUCUUGUUGGUUACGCCGAUUAUAUGAUAAGAAUCUGCAGAAUUAGCACAGCUAGAAUUACAACAAGCAGUGAAACUAGUAGGGGCAUGGAUGCCAUAUUACGGACGUCAACUCGAUAUAGAAAAAACUGUGCUAAUACUUCUCACAAGCAAACGGAUACAGACAUGACUGCACAUUGAGAUCUGGACAGACGAAAUCAAGUCCAGAUACGAAGUCGCUGAUGGCGACAACUCAAUCAAUUCACCUGUACGUCGGAGGCUUUGAAGAUAAAGAAAUAUUACAAAACGAUGACGAUGGUUAGGUUGGGUUAGAGACAAUGUACGCUGAUAAUCGCCAGCUUCUACCGUACCGUCUCUACACAGGCUAUCCUAGUGGUAGCGGGUGUGGUUCUCCUGGAUUUCGAGCCUAAUAAGAUAUGCAGUAGUAGCUCAGAUAUAGGCCGACAUCAAACGUGCUAGAACGAUACAGUAGACGUGUCAAGAACUGUGGAUAGAAGAAAAAUCAGAUGAAUGGACGAAACGACUGAUAAAGGACAUUAUACUAUGGACCGAAAGGAGAUGCAAACUUCAACAUUACUUAGCUUCUGACGGGACACGGCUGGUUCCGAUGCUAUUUUCACAAAAUGGAGAAAGUACAGACACCUGAGUGUAAGUACUGUGAACAGGAUGAAGAUGAUGCCGAACUCGUGUGUAACUACUAGAGGGAUUUGAGAGAGGAGGUAGAAAACACUUUAGGCAGCCUAACACCUAAUAAUAUCGUCUAUCGUCUAGGUGAUGCUGCACAAGAUAGAAUGCUGGGAAAUGGUUGCUACUUACACAGAGACAAUUCUUAUGCAAAAGAAUGCAGAUCUGGAAUGAUAAUGUAAUAGAAAACGAACAAAUGGAUCAACUACAUUCAUGGAUAGAUCCUCCAAAUAGUAGUAAUUUCACAACAGUUUCUGGCUGGACGGAGAUGAGAGAAAAUUGUGGUUUAGUGGGUAAGUUCUUCUGAUAGAAUCAGUUACUUAAAUUCCGCAUAUUCUUAAACAAAAAAUAAA